AUGGGCCCACCGGUGGGUGGACGCAGGGGCAGAGGGUCUGGUUUUGCUGCGUGCUUCACAGUGACAGAAUGGUUGUGCGUGUAUUACUUGGAAACUGCUCAAGAUGAGAAAGUGGUCUGUGUUGCUGCUAUUCCUGGUGAGGGGAAUCAUAUAACAUAUAGACCUUUUGAUAGCUUCCUUGAAGAGUAUCGUGCUGUUUUUGCCUUUGACCACUGCAUUAGAAUGGAAUUUCAGGUGUCAGUUGGCUGCAUGGUUAGAUACUUAGAUGGCAUUGUGUAUCAUUCUUUUCUGCAGUAUAGUGAACAAGGUAUAGCUACAAGUUAAUUUAUUGCAUUCGGAUAAUGCUUGAAUAUGUAUUCUGUUCAUUUUACGAUUUGUGGUUGUAAAAUUGUAUUUGAUGUAUAUUUUUUCCCUAUGCUGCUUUAUCGAGUGCCGUUAUAUUAUUUUCUUGU